AAACCCUAACGGACGACAAGUCUGGAGAGCCUUCCAGGAGAGAAUCAGUUGCAGAAAGCAAUAAGCCCGAGAGUUUGUCUGUCUCCAAAGAACCUUCACGACCAGGCUCUGCUGUUGACAUUGUGAAGGAUGAGCUUGAGAAGCCAGAUAGUGCUAAAGACGAAAUAUCUUCAGAGCCUUCGAGGCGAGAAUCCGCUGCGGAAAGUAUUAAGCCCGACAGCUUGAAAGAUGAUAAGUCUCUGCCAGUCUCCAAAGAACCUUCACGCCCAGGCUCUGUUGUUGAAAGUGUGAAAGACGACCACGAGAAACCAGAAAGUGUUAAGGACGAAAAGUCUGGAGAGCCUUCCAGGAGAGAAUCCGUUGCGGAGAGUAUUAAGUCUCUACCAGUUUCAAAAGAAGCAUCACGACCAGGUUCAGUUGCCGAUGGCGUCAAGGAUGAGCAAGAUAAGGCAGACGAUAAGUCUGCUGAGCCUUCGAGGCGAGAGUCCGUUGCUGAGAGCAUAAAGCCUGAGAGCUCGAAGGAUGAAAAGUCGCAGCCUGUCUCCAAAGAAGCAUCACGUCCAGGCUCAGCUGUUGAAAGCUUAAAAGACGAGCAUGAGAAACCAGAAAGUGUUAAGGAUGAAAAGUCUGGAGAGCCUUCCAGGAGAGAAUCAGUUGCAGAAAGUAUUAAGCCCGAGAGUUUGAAGGACGACAAAUCCUUGCCUGCCUCUAAAGAGCCAUCAAGACCUGACUCUGUCGCAGAAAGUGUGAAAGACGAGCAUGAAACGGCAGAGCUUUCCAGGAGGGAAUCCGUUGUUGAGAGCAUAAAGCCCUACAGUUUUAAAGAUGACAAGUCCCUUCCUGCUUCCAAGGAACCCACACGUCCGGGUUCGGUAGUAGAUAUUAUUAAAGAUGAUCAUGAAGAGACCAAGGAAGUAUCACGUCCCGAAUCUGUACACGAAUCUUUAGCUGAAAGUCCAAAGGCAGAUGAUAUUACUAAAUCGACUGUCGAAAAACCAGAAAGUGACAAAGACAAGAAGUCAGAUACCUCUUCCCGAAGUGGAUCUAUUGUCGAGAGCACAAAAGUUGAGUCUCUACCGCUUACCUCAAAGGAACCAUCGCGUCCAGCAUCAGUAACUGAAAGUGUGAAGUCAAAGGAAUCUUCCCGUCCAACUUCAGUCGCGGAAACCGCAUCGUCACCAAUUGAUGAAGCAUCAAAAGAACCUCUUUCAUUAAUAUUGACAUCUACUGAAAUGAAUGCAAACUAUCCAACUGUGUCCAGUCCAGUUGAUAUUGCUGAAGGCGAGUUUUCGCACACAACAUCGGGAGCAAUGGAAAUAGAAAAGCCUGCCGAGCACGCUACUGUCGGGGCGAUACUAACGGCGUCCAGCCCAGUCGAUGUGGCCGAUAAUAUUUUAGAAUCGUUUACGACUUUUGAAGAACAUAUCAUUCAACAAACAAGCCAACCUGAAUCUGAUGCCAUCAGUUCGAGCAAAGGUACACUGGAAUCGCUAACUGAUACGCUGAGUAAAAAAGCCGAAACUGUAAUUGAUGCAGUGAGCCAGAAACUAGAAAGUACUAAGGAGCUAAUAGCAGAGUCACUGGAGGGAUCUAAAACAGAAACUAAAACCGAAGAACAAGUGACAGAAGAUUCAACCGCCAAGGGUAACCUAGACUUGAGUGUUUUUUCAGAGCUUCGCGAAACGCAUAUUACCACAGUUGAUUCACCCGAAUUUACUGUAACCAUAUGCGAACGCGACGAGAGUAUUUUGCACGAUAUCAAGGAAGAGGAUGAAGAGCACAGAUUCUCGCCACCUACUGAAAAGGGAGCCAUUAUACCAGAGCAACCGAUGCGUCCCCUCUCGCCGCGAGAAGAAGAAGUUGCCAAAAUUGUCGCCGAUGUAGCCAAGGUAUUAAAGUCCGACAAGGAUAUUACUGACAUUAUACCAGGAUUCAAUGAGAAGCAAUUGGAAGAAAAACUAAAAACAACUGCUGAGCCUGAAACUGAUCCCACAGAUGAUCUGAAAACAAUCACACCUGAAUCUCUUUCGAGAAAAUUGAGUGCAGCAAAGGACCUAUCGUUGGAUGAAAAGAUAUUGGAUAUUAAAAUGAUGAAGGUAGAUAUUGAGUCUGAAAAGUCAUCACCAGAUCAAAAGUCUGGGCCAAUUUCAAUUGAAGAGAAGGACAAAAUUGAACAGUCUGAGAAGGCUCAGCUCCGAGAAGGAGCUGCCAAAAUGGCUGAUAUUGAAUCGGCCAAGGAUAUUUCCAGGCCGGAGUCCGUAACAAGCCAGCUGGGAGCAAUAGAGUCCUUAACAUCCCGAACAGAGUCGAUAACAAGCCAAAAAGAAGAAAAGCUGGAAGAAUCCAUAAUUCUCUCAAGAGAAGCAUCACGACCCGAAUCAGUGGCCAGUUUGAAAGAGGAAGUCGAUCAAAAGCAUGAAAAAUCCCCGCCACUAUCUAAGGAUGUUUCCAGACACGAGUCAAUUGUAAGCCACGUUAGUGAGAAGGAAAGUGUCAGUGUAGAGUCGCAUUCCAGGCGUGAGUCAGAAAUGUCUGUUUUUGAAAGCGUGAAAGGAGAUGAAUCGGUCACAGCUAGCAAGGAUGCAACUCGUCCAGGAUCGGCAGCCAGCCACGUCAGCGAACAGUCAUCAGAGACAAAGAAAAGCCCCCAGCCGGAAUCGAAAGACAAAGAGCCUGAAUCUUCCCGGCCAGCAUCAAGUGCCAGCCAUAUCAGUGCCAAGGAUGAACAGACUUCAGAGUCCCAACGCGAUUCAGUGUUGAUAUCGACACUCGAAACCAAAAAGGAGGAAAAAUCUAGCGAAUCAACAACAACAUCAAAGACAGUUAUAAGUCAAUCUCACUUAAAAGAAGAAUCUAUUAGCGAAUCCUUAUGUAGCAGCAUGAAGGCUGAGGACAGUUCACGGCGCGAGUCAUUGUCCAGUCUACUGACUGACAAGGAAAUCACAAAAUUGGUUACCUCUAGCGUUAAGGAAGAUACUGAACAUGUUACAAAAAUAACGGAAAAAACGACAACAUCCCAAAUGGAGGAGCUACUCAUUCAGUCCGAAGAGUGUUCAUCCGAGUCCAUAGUCAGCGAAAUUCAAACUACGAGCAGCCAGAAGCCAACUAGUGUAACCUCAACUAAGGAAAUCACAAGUACAACUGUUCAGGAAUCAGUAAAGGACAGUCUCAAGGAAACGGUAGCUGAAUUUUUGGCAACUGAGAAAAUUGUUUCUGCCAAGGAAACCUUCAGCGCUGAAGCUACCAAAACCGCUGAUGACUGUCUGAAGAUGAUCUCCAGUGAGAUCACCUCACAGAAGCCGUUGUUUGUUGGCACAGAUGAGUCACGGCGUGAGUCGAUGCUUAGCCAGACAAGCGAGGGUCGACAAACCCACAGCGACGUUGAGGAGGACAGCGACGAUGACAGACAUGCCGGUCUAAAGGAAAGUCGCUCCAAGUCCAUUGCCACCAUCAUGAUGACCAGCAUCUAUAAGCCCUCCGAGGAGCUUGACACGAUUGGAGCGAUCAAAGAAGAGGAGACUAAGGAAGAGGACGAACAUGAGGCAUCCAAAGAGACAAAAACCACUUCCUCCACAGACACAACCACUAAGACAACCACAUUGCUGCAAUCCUCUGAACAGAGCAGCAGCAGCACCACUACCACAACUAAAUCAACCGACUCGAAAACCAAAGUAGAGUCCAUAACACUAUUACAGACACAAACACAAGCUGAGCAAACAAUGGACGGCACAGAUCGCAAAACGCCGCCAACGGCACCGGUCAGUCCCAGUGUUAAGCCAGUAAGCACCUCAAGCACCGCGGCCACCAGCUCUAGCUGUGCCAAGAGUGAGUCUAGCGCUGCCAGCGUUGCAUCAACAUCGGGCCCAUUGUCGCCCAAAGAUAUUAGUGGGCGUGAAUCACACACCGAGACGCCAGAGUCAUCACCUAAACCAACAUCUCCAUUCCCGCGUGUCAGCAAAGACGAGCUUAGGUCCCUAGGUGUAGUGGAGGAGCCCGAUUCAGCCGACCUUGGUGUCGAUUCCAGCGAGCUGCUGCCCGAACUGCACGAGCUGCGUGGCAUUGAGAGCACCACAGCGCUGAGCGGCAGCACCGAAAAGAUUAUCACGACAACCAUAACCACAGUCACCAAGGUCAUCUCCGCGGAUGGCAAGGAGAUUGUGACCGAGCAAAAGACAGUUACCACAACCGAUAGCUCUGAGCCAGAUAGCGAGAAGGUCGUGGUAACCACAACGCGCACCACCAGCGAGAGCGAGAAGAGCGAGCGUGAGCGCGAUCAAAUGCUACCCAAGGAGGUGGCUAUGCUGCGCGGCAUUUAUCGCUCCAGCACGCCCGGCAGCGAUGAUGAGCGUCUGGCCGGCGCUUUGAGCGACGAUGACCUGCCAGGCACACCACGCAGCACUAGCUAUGAUCUGCAGCGCUCCAGCUCUGGGGUGAGCAAGCGCUCGGAUCUAGAUGGCGAGGACAGCCAAGAUGAUAUACCGCCUCAAUACGGCAGCGAAGAGCAUUCCACUGCGCGCGCCAUUCUGCCACCCCGCACAGCGGAUCCCAUGGCAACCUCGUUCUACGGCGCACUUCCCGAUAGUUUUGAUGGCAAGCCCAGCACAGAGCCCAUACCGAUACGGGGUGCCGUGCUGAUGACCUACACAGACUCACCGCCAGCCAGUCAAUCGUCGGAGAGUGUGGAGAGCACCAGCCAAACCUGGGCCGGACAUAAGUUCCUGGAUGAGGCUGACAAGGAUUUCCAGAAGGCACUCGAGGAGCAUGUGCAGGCGCGUGGCGCCGAGGUGAUGUCUUCCGUGACCGCCAAGUACUCCUACUCGCCUUCCAAGGCCGAAGAGGUCGAGCAAAUUGUCAGCAGCACUGCCGAGCGACAACGUUUCCCUCUCAGUGAUGUCCACAAGGUGCGCAGCGGCGACAAUCUCUUGGCUAGUUUUGGCACCCUAAGUCCAGCUGGUGGAAGCCAGCAAGCAGCAAGCACUGCAACCACCACUGGCGCUGAAAGCAGCCAAACAGCUGCCACACCGUCAACAGCAACAACUGCAGCAACAACAGCAGCAACAACUGCAGCAACAACAACAGCAACAACAACAGCUAGCACAAGCAGCACUACCGGCACUCUGCCAAAGGAUCGACUUGAGGAAUGGGGCAAACCACUCGGCCUACCCUCGCCAGCACCAUUGCCGGUCGAAGGCGCCGAUAUUCGCACCACACCCAAGAAGGAGCGUCGUUUGGUCGCAACCAAGACGCGACUGAACAAUGAGAAGAACCUGCGCAAGCGUAGCGAGUCACCCAACAAAGCUAAGAAGCCCGCACCAGUGUAUGUGGAUCUUACCUAUGUGCCGCACAACGGCAACUCCUACUAUGCGCACGUGGACUUCUUCAAGCGCGUCCGUGCUCGCUACUACGUCUUCUCCGGCACUGAGCCUAGCCGUCAGGUCUACGAUGCCCUGCUGGAGGCCAAGCAAACCUGGGAAGACAAAGAGCUAGAAGUUACCAUUAUACCGACGUAUGACACUGACGUGCUGGGCUACUGGGUGGCCGAGAAUGAGGAGCUGCUUGCCAAGCACCGCAUCGAUCUGUCGCCAUCCGCUUCGCGCUGCACAAUUAACUUGCAGGAUCAUGAGACCUCGUGCUCCGCAUAUCGCUUAGAGUUCUAGGCCACGGGCUUGUUUAUUGCAUUUGACGAUGACGACUAAACGAGUUAAAUAG